CUUUCACAUAUUGCUCGAGGUAGCGACAAUUUUCCACGGAGUUCAGUUGUCGUUUUGAUUCGUUGUUGGGACUAUAUUAACAUAGCUGUAUAUUGUGAUUAAGACGGUUAAGAAGAUAUUCACUCAAGAAAGUAUUGGUCAUUGUACUAUCAUGGCAUUUGUCGGCGUAGAAUUCGCUAACGAAGAUUCGGCAAAUAACAAUACGGAAGUAGCAAUUGUGAACGUACGCUGGUUUACUCCUAAUGAAACUAAUGUAUUUUGGCCACCUGUAAAAUCACAAGAUAGAUAUGAGAAAUUAUUGAAACAAGGAGCAACGCCAACUAAUGAAUGGUUGUUAUGUCAAGUAACAAAAACUUAUUUUGAAACCGAUGAUUUCAAGAAAGCUGAACAAAAAGUAAAACUGUGUCAAUAUUUAUCAGAUGUAGCGACUGACGUAGAACCUGUUUUAGAUAUUCCAAGUAAGAGACAGCGGAAUAAGCCUUCCAGAUAUAUCAGCGACUCAUCGGAUGAAGAAAAUACACCAGUACCAUCGAAACUUAAAGCUCCUCCUAGACUUAAUAAUAUAUUUACAAGUUGCAGUCAAGUUCCGUCAGAUAAAAUAUUAGUAAACUCAAUUCAUCCAAAAACAAAUAAUAAACCUACAACGAGUCAUUUUGUACAACCAAGUCAUAAACAUUCAGUGAUUCAAAGAAAUUCUGUACCUGUUAUAAAUAGUAUAAAUGAAGUACCUCUAACUGACGUGAACAGAAAUCUCACUGAUAUAAACGCUACACUUGCAUUUAUAAAACGACAGAAUACAGAUAUUUACAAUCAAAACGAUCAAAUGUUCCAAGUUUUAAAGGCCACUAACAAUUCCAUUGUAACGGUAUCCAAAUCUAAUGAAAUACCACAACUGCCUUGUACUCUACCAAUAACCACAUUUGAAGAUAUUACCCGAUUGGAGGAAUACCUUAAAAAAGAAGAAAAUAUCUCGCCUCUGGCUUCUUAUCUGUCGACGAUUGGAGAUCGCGGAGAUGUAACAUCGAUAACAAACCGUAUACUUCGUCGACUUCUUUCAGAUAAAAUUGCAUCGUUUUAUAGCUUCCUCGGAAAACGAAACAAAAAGGCAUUUGCUCAUUUGAAACUCAAUAGUGUAUUGAUGAAAUCUGUUCUAUUGGCUCUACCUGGCAGUACGCAACACGAAAUAGAAAACAGCGUAAAAGAAUGGUCCACAACGCUCUUCCCUUAAGACAAAGAAGGAUAAGUAAGGGUUUAUAUAUAUAUAUAAGAUGUUCUACUCCUACAUAUAUCCUUGUCUGUGAUUGUAGAGAAAAACUGUUAGCAAUUUGACCAAAGAAAAUUUGCGUUAUGUUUAUUUGCGUAAUGUUUUAUGUUUGUGUAUGAUAACUACAUUCACUGUUACAUUUAUUACUUAAGUAAUAAGAUACAAAUUGCAGUAAUAUGUCUGCUAUAAUGAAAAGAAAAGUCAAACUGUUUGUAGGAAAACGACAAUUUUAUCGAAAAGUUGCUACAGACGUAAUUGCUAGAGACGCUAACUCAAUGCAUGUAAUUCUUAAUCUAUUAGACAAACAAAAAUGUGAUGCCGAGUUAUCCAAUAUGUCGAUGAAUACAUUGUCUUUUGAAGAUGA